AUGGAGACUCCUCAGAGACGGCAGAAGUCGUGGCUUAGCAGCCUCACUGGCCUCGUCAGUGGCAGCCGCUCUUCUGCGCAAGAUACCGCAUCUGGCGUGGCUGCGGGCGUUAUCACAGGCAAGAAGACAGAAAACGUUGAUUCAUUCUCCUACCGUCUUCGCUCUGCUCAGGCAGGCCAUACUACGCCCUCCCGCUACUCGGGCACCUUCUCCGCCCCCCCUGUCGAGUCCCCCGAGAGCCCAGUCAAGCGCGCCUCACCAAGUCAGCUGGCACAGCGCAAGAUGCAUGAACGCGCCCAAGGUCCGUCUGGUAGGGCUGGUGCUGCAGCAGCACACUCCAGCUCUGCCCGCGGCGAGAGCAACAAGAGCUACCACAGCGUCAGCUUCGAUAGCCACCUAGCCACUACGCCAAAGCGGACGAACUUCCCCUCUGCAACCACUCCGAAAAACGUAUUUCGCGAUUCCAUGUCUCGCGACGUGCCUGCGUUUACAUUCACUCCCCGUGUUCCGGCCAACACCAUGAGGGGCGGCUUCCCUGCAACAACACCGGGCCGGUCGUUCCGCUCUUCGGGCAUUGAGCUAAGCAGCCAGGAGAUGGCCAAGACCUCAUUCAGCGAUUUGUUUGCAAUGAAGAUUCCCGACCCGGAUCCGAAGUUGAGCGGCGAGGCCAUUGCUGGCAUGGUACCGAAAGAUCUCAAGGCCGGAAGUCGGUCCGUCUACGCGAAUGAAUACUUGGCCCAUCUUUGCCCCCCUGACUUCAGCGAGGAACAGCGCAACCAGUUCUUCUGCAUUUUGGAUCUGCGGCGCCUGAAGUAUGCUGCCGACGAAGUUUUUGUCAAAAAGGACUGGAAAUUGAACAUUUUGAACUUCGCAAAGGAGUACGAGAAGAACCGGAGCCUGAUCAUGCUGCGAUACGGCCUUUACGAAUUCAAGACGGUCAAGGUGUCGAAGGACGUCUUCCAGAAAUGGAAGGCGGACAACAACAUCCCCGAUCUGAUGGAGGAAGAUGAGCUUGAGGAUACCAUGACAAGCAAGUCGACAACUGUGCCAAAGGCCUCGAAGCUCAAUGGCACUGAAGGCAUUCUCCAAUCCGGGAAACGCAAGGCCCAAGACGUAAUCGAUCCUGCUGCCAUGGAGUCCUCCUCAUCAACCUUUUCGGCGAACAAGCGAUCGCGGCCUUCUGAAGGUUUCAAGGCCGAACGGGAGCCCCUGACGGAAACAAGCACCCCUCUCAACCAGUCCAAGCGGAAGGCAGCCCAGAACAACAACGCCGAGCAGAUUCAGCGGUCAAAGAUGCAGAAGGCAACGCCGAAUCCGCCUUCUGCGGCCACGUCUGCCACCAGGGCGUUGUUUGAGAAGUAUGCAAACUCUCCUUCCAAGGAGCCAGCUGCAACCGAGACUCCGUCUAUUCUAGUUUCCAAGCCAUUUGGCGAGAGUGGCUCAAGCUUGAAGGCAGCCUUUAAGCCGAACACUACGGGACAGCUGCCCAAGUCAUCCUCCGGCAGCCUGGCCCGUUCCGUCCUGGAGAGUGGCCUGAAGACGAAUGCAGGUCCAGCUGGUGGCAACAUAUUUGGCUAUCUGUCAGACGCAAGCUCUGCAAAGGGCAGCGGCAAUGACAAUGCCGAUGCUGACGCGGAGGAUUCCGACGAGUCAGACGGCCAAGAGGAACCCGAAGCACAAGUGUCAAGCGACAGCACUGGCGCUUCUGCCAACGGCAUCACCAAUGCCACUGCAAAAUCGGCGCCGUCGCUCUUCUCCGCCGCCAAACCGGCAAGCUUGGUGCCUGGGGCCACAGGCGCUCUGGCCGGCUCGAGCGCUUCCUCGGACGUUUCUGAAUCCGCCGCGGGACGCAGUCUUUUUGAUCGCGUCAACAAGACCAGUGAUGGCCAGCCGAUUCGUGUGUUUGGUGCUGAGAGCAACAGCUCACCCUUCGGCACGUCCGCAUUUGGCGCUAAGGGCGCACCUGAGCGGCCGAGUCUCGAGAAGGAACCUGCUCUGUUUGGCGGAAACAAAACAUGGAGCGCCGAUACGCCUAUCAAGUUCGCCGGUGGUAACAGCUCUACGCCAGCGAAGUCCCUGUUUGGUGCAUCCACGACCAACAGCGGCCCGGCUUCUGCAGCCAGCACCACGCCGAAUUUGUUCGCGUCGGCGUCCAAAGAAAGCAAAUCGGACGCUCCACCAUCUCUGUUCGGCUCUGUUUCUGCACUGAAGGAGCCGAAAUCAGCUGCUCCUACUUCCCUCUUCGGGUCUGCUGCGGCGGCACCGAAGGACACCAAAGUUGACGCGCCUGUCUCUCUAUUCGGUUCCAAGACGCCAGCGACAUUGUUCGGCAAUACCGCCAAAGAUGCGCCGCAGUUCACGUCCACAACGCCUGCAGCAAGUACCGCGGAUGCACAGCCCACUGAAGCGCCGCUUUUCGGCUUUUCGAACAAGCCAGCUGGCCCAAGCACGCCUGCUGCACCCUCGCUGUUUGGCGCCAGCACUGCAGGGUCUGGAACGCCGGCUACUUCGCUUUUUGGUAAGGCACAAGAAAAGCCGGCCACGACGACGGCCACGUCUUUGUUUGGUAACGCUGCGGGUACGUCGAAGACGGCAUCUGGCUCUGUGCUGCAGUCGCAUACUCUGUUUGGCGGUGCUCCCAAACCGGAACUUGAGCCGCAAGGACUGAAGCGCACUGCGGACGACAAGGGAAGUUCGUCAGCGGCUGCAACGUCGGGGGCUUCCCUCUUUGGUGGCGCUCUCCAGAACGGCACCUCCAGCAAGGACGAGCCUCAGGCAAAGCGGCCUCUAUUCGGCAGCACUACGCCGUCUUCGCAAGCUCCGUCUUCCGCCCCGCUCUUCUCUUUUGGCAGCACAAGCACGAAUGGAGUGAGCGGUGGGUCCAAGGUUCCAGGAGAGACGGCCAAGUCGCUGUUUGGGUCAACUAUCAACGGCAGUGCGGCAGAGCCGGCAAAGACACAGGCUACUAGCCUGUUUGGGAGCACGACAACGGCGGCCGCCAAUCCUGUCAGUGGCUCGAUUUUCAACUUUGGCAACACCAACAGCAGCGCAGCUCCACCAGUCCCGUCGUCCUUCUCUAUUGGAGCGUCGACGGCUGCACAAGACAGCGCACCACCGGCGCCCAUAUUUGGUGGUGGCAAUACUGUGUCGGCUCCCUCAUCUUUCACGUUCAGCGUUGGAGGUGACACCAGCAACCAAGGAUUCCACAAUCCGUUUUCCUUUGGCGGUGCUGGGGCCGAAGCUGCUCCGUCUCUGAGCUUUGGGGGCGUUGCAUCGGCCACGGUAAGCUCGUCUGCGUUCCAGUUCGGGGCUACCACGACGCCUGCGGUAGCACCUCCGGCCUCUGGCGGGAUGUCGUUUUCGUUUGGUGCCGGGGCACAGCCGUCGAGCCAGCCAGUCAACGCAGCACCUGGGAACUUGUUCGGAGCCACGCCGGCAGCAUCUGGUGGUGCCAACGGCAGUUCAAUGUUCAGCUUCGGUGGUGGUGCUCAGGCACAGCCCAGCAACACGCCCAUCUUCGGACAGCAGCAGCAGCAGCCGGCCCUCGGCGGUUCCAUGUUCAAUCUCGCCCCUCCAGUUGGCGGGACAUCUACAGGUACUAAUACCCCCUUCACCAAUCUCGGUGGCGCUUCUAGCCUGGCCACUACACCGGCCACGGGCACUCCCGAGCCUGGUGCCGCCCAAGACAAUUCGGACCAUAAUGGACACCAGGCUGACGGAGAUGAGGCCCCACAGGAACAAAUCAAUUUAACCGAAGGCGGACCGGGCGAGGAGGACGAGGCCGUCGCCUAUGAAGUUCGUGCCAAAGCGCUCAGGUUGGCUUCGGCUAAGGAAACAGACGGCGGCUCGCCGGCCGCAAAGGACAAGAAGAACCCGUGGAAGACGGAGGGCGUCGGUUCCCUCCGGGUGCUGAAGCACAAGACGACGGGUGCGGUGCGGCUGCUGCUGCGAGCAGAGCCUCGCGGCAACGUUGCGCUCAACCGGGUUCUUCUGGCGGACUUCAACUACAAGCCGGAGCCCAAUGCCAAGUACGUCAAGCUGACGACGUCCAACGAGGCAGGCACUGGGCUGGAGACUUGGAUGUUGCAGGUCAAGACCAAGGAAGCUGCUCAGAAGCUUGCCGAGGCUCUCGAAGAACACAAGUUGGCAAACAAGAAUGUGGCUCUUCAGGAGGUGCAACGUUCCAACAGCACGGUGCAGCGAGAGAUGGACAGCGAGGCGGUGCCUCUGGAGGCGAAUUCGGCGACCGUGCGAGGGGCCAAGCUGUCGAUGCGUGACGCAAGGGUGCUGGCGGGCCAGGCGCUGCUGCAGCUGCCGAUCUGA